CAGUCCGAAAAAGUCAUCGCUACGGAACACACUGUACAUCGUGUCGUGUAAAAAGGGAAGAAAAUAGGAGGAAAGAGAAGGGAGGGAGAGAGAGGGGAAGUCGUACGAGAAAAAAAAUUAAUCCAUCAAGGUUAAAUAAAACGGUAAAGGAAAUAAGUAUCAGAGGUAAAAAAAAAAAAAAAAAACCGUUGGGAAGAAAAACAAGCUUACUCUUCGAUAUGAUAAUAAUAAUAAAAUAAUAAUAACAAAAAUAGAUAAUAAUAAUAAUAACCACAAAAAUAGUAAUAAUAAUAAUCACCUCUACAACGGACCAAAUCACGCAUGGGACCGCGGUUAUCGGUUAAUGUUAUAGACGGCUUUUUUUCCCCAGUCAUCGGAUUAAUGUUUAAUAUCGCGUAAAUUGUCAGCCAUCGUCCGCACUGUCCAGAAUUCAACCCCGUGUCAUCGUUUGUAAUACUGUCGGAAAUUCAACGAUUCUGCAAGCACGAAGCCAGCCUCGAAUAUUGCAAAAAUACUGUCUACAUGAAAAAAGGCAUUAAGGACAAAGCCACGAUAAAUAUUGAACCGAAAAGAGUUAGACGGAAAGAGGGACUCGCUAAGAGCUUUAACAACGAAGGGUGACAAUUCGAAACUCAACCAACAAUCGUGGAAUAGCUCGGGUUGCGCAAGCUACGACUCUGUCAUCGUACGUCUGUGCAAGUUCUACCGCAAGCUUCGAUCUUUCCAAGGCGGACGCCCUUAAAUUAUCGAAUCUAUCCUAGGCCGGAGGGUAAAAAAAGAUCAUCCAAGUUCACCAAAGGCCAAACAUAUUGCAUUAUAUAUAAACACGCAUUUCUCGACCGCGUGUACACACACACACACACACACAAACCCACAUAUGUAUAUACAUAUAUAUGCAUAGUAUAUAAACGAUAAAAAGUGAUACACAGUGAAGAGAAAUAAGGCCAUAAAAUACAACAAACGCUGAGGAUUGUGUGCACAUACACGUACCUAAAUGAAAUGGUUUAUACUCGACGACUUGUAAUAUAAUAUAAUAAGUGAAUAAUAAUCGCCCGAUCGUGAUUAAAGUACGGAACGACGGUUAAAAAGAAAGUGUUCUUAUAAAUAUUAGUCUUAUUCUUUAGUUUCGUUGGUAACGAUUGAACUUUUUCGUAAAUAAUAACGUUAAUAAAGAAACAAUAAUAAUAAUAAUUAUUAUUAUUAUACUAAAAUACCGAGGCCUGAGAGGAGGCUCGAUUUAGCCGUGUUAAUAAAUAGCGAGAAUAAAUGUGUCGAUCAAGGUAUAAAACGGCUCGUACCAAACAGUAACAUUCACCUCUGUACUCAAAAGCGGAGUUAUUUUUAGUGGAGACUGUCGUAUCGCGGGUUACAAGCAGAGUGCGUGGCGUGCUCGAUGAAUCUGUGCAUGUGACAACGGAGUAGCGAGACAGACGGAGAAAGAGAAAGAGAAAUAGAAAGAGAGGCCCGGAGAGUCUUCUGAUUAUCACCCAGUAGUUGCUCGUUACUGUGAUACUCGGCUGACCGCUGGACGCACGAUAUACUCUCCCUGCCGCCCUGCGUAUAUAAUCUAUAAUUUUGGACCUCCAGUUACUCGGAGGCUACGCAAGUAGCGACAACGAAGCAAUAACAGGAGCGGAUCAGCUUUGGGUAACUACCCGGCUGUUGGCGUGAGCCAACCAGAUCAGCGAAGCAAAAAUGGCAACGAUAGACGGGCGGCCGGCCCAGUAUGGGGUGACUCUGAAACAGCUCCGGGAGCUCAUGGAGCACCGGGGUCCGGAGAGCAUCGCAAAAGUCAACGCCCUUGGCGGGGUUCAGGAAAUAUGCAAAAAGUUGUACACCUCCCCAAGCGAAGGACUCAGCGGAUCCGUAGCAGACAUGCAACACAGACAGGACACGUUUGGUUCUAACAUGAUACCGCCGAAACCACCAAAAACGUUUAUGCAAUUGGUCUGGGAGGCGUUGCAGGAUGUAACACUUAUUAUUCUAGAAAUAGCCGCGUUGGUUUCGCUUGGUCUUAGUUUUUACCAACCCUCUGACGACGAAGAUGUUGGGCCAAAAGUUGACGACGGAGAAGGGCAGCACGGAUGGAUCGAGGGUUUGGCGAUCCUGAUUUCCGUUAUUGUAGUCGUAUUCGUAACGGCUUUCAACGACUAUAGCAAGGAAAGACAAUUUCGAGGUCUCCAGAGUCGAAUAGAAGGGGAACACAAGUUCUCUGUCAUUCGGCAAGGGGAAGUUAAGCAAAUAUCCGUAUCGGACAUUGUCGUCGGUGACAUAUGUCAGGUAAAAUACGGAGAUUUACUCCCAGCUGAUGGUAUCCUGAUACAAAGUAACGACGUUAAAGUAGACGAGUCAAGUUUAACGGGAGAAUCCGAUCACGUGAAGAAAGGGGAAUCGUUCGAUCCCAUGAUGCUGUCAGGUACCCACGUCAUGGAGGGAUCUGGUAAAAUGUUGGUAACCGCAGUCGGCGUGAACUCCCAGGCUGGUAUAAUUUUCACUCUGUUAGGAGCGGCGGUAAACCAGCAAGAGCAGGAGAUCAAACAGAUGAAAAAAGAAGCUAAAAAGCAGCGGAAGAAGAAGUCUGCACCAGGAGAGGAAGCUGGAGAAGUAACUGGAAACAGUCACGCACCCGUCAACGAGAAGCGUGACCCGACAGAAAAUCACGAAGCCUCUUCUCAACCUCCGCCCGAACAUUCGAACAAGAAGGAGAAGAGCGUUCUUCAAGCGAAGCUGACGAAACUUGCUAUUCAAAUUGGCUACGCCGGGUCGACGAUAGCCGUUCUCACAGUCGUCAUACUAGUCAUACAAUUUUGCGUAACGACGUUUGUGUACCAACACAAACAUUGGAAAAGUACGUAUGUCAACAACCUUGUGCGACACUUGAUCAUCGGUGUUACGGUGCUGGUAGUCGCGGUGCCCGAAGGUCUUCCUCUGGCCGUUACUCUGUCGCUCGCUUACUCGGUCAAGAAAAUGAUGAAAGACAACAAUUUGGUGCGACAUUUGGACGCCUGCGAGACGAUGGGUAACGCCACGGCGAUUUGCUCGGACAAAACUGGAACGCUGACGACCAACAGAAUGACCGUUGUCCAGUCCUACAUAUGCGAGAAAAUGUGCAAGACUACGCCAAACUUCAACGAUAUACCGAGCCACGUCGGCAACUUGCUUGUUCAAGCGAUAUCGGUGAACUCGGCUUACACGUCUAGGAUAAUGCCGGCUCAGGAUCCUACCGAGUUGGCGAUGCAAGUCGGUAACAAGACCGAAUGUGCCUUACUCGGAUUCGUUACCGCCCUCGGCAAGAGCUAUCAAACCAUACGAGAUGAUAUUCCCGAAGAGACGUUCACUAGGGUUUUCACUUUCAACAGCGUCAGGAAAAGCAUGUCAACUGUUAUUCCCAGGCAGGGCGGCGGAUAUCGCCUCUUUACCAAGGGUGCUUCCGAGAUCAUCAUGAAGAAAUGUGCCUUUAUCUACGGUCGCGACGGGCACCUUGAGAAAUUCACUCGAGAGAUGCAAGAGCGUUUGGUAAAGAACGUAAUCGAGCCAAUGGCUUGCGACGGUCUUCGUACAAUCUCCAUAGCUUACCGGGACUUUGUGCCGGGUAAAGCGGAGAUAAACCAAGUCCACAUCGACAACGACCCAGACUGGGACAACGAGGAGAACAUCGUCAACAAUCUGACGUGCCUCUGCAUAGUCGGUAUCGAAGAUCCGGUCCGUCCCGAAGUACCCGACGCCAUCAGGCGGUGUCAGAAGGCUGGUAUCACGGUCAGGAUGGUGACCGGAGACAACAUAAACACUGCGAGAUCGAUCGCUCUCAAGUGUGGGAUCCUCAAACCGAACGAGGACUUCCUGAUCCUCGAAGGAAAGGAGUUCAACAGAAGAAUCAGGGACAGCAACGGCGAGGUGCGCCAGCAUCUUCUCGACAAAGUUUGGCCGAAACUCAGGGUACUCGCGCGGUCGUCGCCGACGGACAAGUACACCCUGGUCAAGGGUAUCAUUGACAGUAAAAAUACCGAGAGCCGCGAGGUCGUCGCCGUUACCGGCGACGGAACGAACGACGGACCGGCCCUGAAAAAAGCCGACGUCGGUUUUGCCAUGGGCAUCGCCGGCACGGACGUCGCCAAAGAAGCGUCGGACAUCAUCCUCACGGAUGACAACUUUUCCUCGAUCGUUAAGGCCGUUAUGUGGGGCAGAAACGUGUAUGACAGUAUAGCAAAGUUCUUGCAAUUUCAGCUGACGGUUAACGUUGUUGCUGUUAUUGUAGCAUUCAUCGGUGCUUGUGCCGUUCAAGACUCACCUCUAAGAGCCGUUCAAAUGUUAUGGGUCAAUCUGAUCAUGGACACUUUGGCUUCGCUAGCCCUCGCCACUGAAAUGCCGACGCCUGAUCUUCUCCUUCGAAAGCCUUACGGCAGAACGAAGCCUCUGAUAUCGAGAACUAUGAUGAAGAAUAUACUCGGUCAAGCCAUCUAUCAGUUGGUCGUUAUUUUUACACUGCUAUUCGUCGGUGACAAGAUGCUCGAUAUACCGACCGGUCGUGACCCUGACAAGUCUGGCGGACAACCCACGCAGCACUUCACUGUGAUCUUCAAUACAUUCGUAAUGAUGACACUGUUCAAUGAAAUGAACGCAAGAAAAAUACACGGACAGCGAAACAUUUUCGAAGGACUAUUCACCAACCCGAUAUUCUAUGGGAUAUGGAUCGGCACUGCUUUGUCGCAAGUAGUCAUUGUUCAGUACGGAAAGAUGGCCUUCCACACGAAGGCUCUUACCCUGGAUCAGUGGAUGUGGUGUCUCUUUUUUGGGGUUGGUACUCUGAUAUGGGGUCAGCUAGUCACGACGAUUCCAACCCGCAAGAUACCCAAGAUACUUUCAUGGGGCCGCGGCCAGCCUGACGAUAUGGAUACGAUCAAUCUAGGAGACGAGAAAUUCGACCCUGACUCGGAUAAAAAGCCACGCGCCGGACAAAUUCUGUGGAUACGUGGUCUAACGCGGCUACAGACUCAGCUACGGGUAAUCAGAGCGUUCAAGUCGACUCUAGAGGAUUUGGAGGAAAGACGUUCUGUCCAUAGUUUACACAGCUUACACAGUAUGCGCAGCUCGCGCAGCCACACCGGACCCAGACCUUUAUCCGACUUCACGUACAUUGACGAAGACCCAACAAACACCAACCUGACAACAGUCAAAUCGUUGAAGAACGCCAUCGGGAACACUACCAAUAACGAGCACAACAAUCAGGACCACGAUACAACAACAACAACAACAACAACAACAGCAUCCGGCAAAAGAAAUUGGCUGCCGUCCUUCAACAGUCCUGCUUCUUCUUCACCGCCGCUGCUAAAUGUUCCUGGAUCGGCUGCAACACCGCACAACCAAAACACCACCAACAACAAAUCCACAGUAUCCCCAGCCAAUAAUACCAAUAACCAAUCGCUUUCUCCCGAAUCACGAUCAGCUAACUCACCGCAUUCGAGUUCCAACAACCUAGCCCAAUCCGACGCUGUACCAAAGCUCGUUCACGAGACAAGCAUAUAAAUUCACCGUCAUCCCUUUCACUGCCACUUCCGGUCUAUCAGUCUUUGAGUAAGAUCAAUUAUACCUGCAUGGAUUCAAAGAAAUCAACAAUAAUGAUAAUAAUCUUAACAAAAAUGAAGCA